AUAGGCUUUGACUCUGUUUUUAGGAUUGUUGUGCGGUUACCCUGUAUCUUAACUUCUAUCUUAAGAUAGUUUAAAUGGUUUAUUACUUUGUAAAUUGGUCGAGUUGUUAAAUUCAAUUGAUGUUUUGUUUUCAAUGAAACAGAAUGAAAUAUGAUAUUAAAUGACAUUUUUAAGAUAGUUGUGGUCAGUUCUGUUUUAUUUUACGGGAAUAAAGCACAGUCUGAUCAGACAUGCAACAGCUCACUGUUACUACUUGAGGACCAGUUUUCGGCAUCUUCCGAAUAUAACACCAAAAACAAUGCCAGCGCCGCAAGACCGGGUGGUGAUGGAUGGAGCGCCUCAAGUGGUGGAAUGUAUGAGUAUCUUAAACUGGAUCUGAAGUCUGUAUGGGAAAUCACUUCAAUGGAUGUACAAGGCUCAAGUAUUGGCUGGUAUCCUAGAACAUUUAGAAUAUCCUACAGUAGCGACGGAUACGCAUGGACUGGUUAUAACACACGACUUUCUGAUGACUCUUUAGGAGAGUUGUUCGAUCGGAAGGGUACCAUCACGAGUGUCACAUUUGACCCAACGAUCAAGGCACGGUAUAUUGCUGUGAACCCUGUGACAAAUCAUGGUUAUGCUUCCUUGCGUAUAGAGUUGUAUGGCUGCCAGAGCACUGAUGCAUCAACUCAAGUAUUUACAAAUGUUCGAAAUGGUAUUGAGGUUGACACUACGUGGAUUCCGAGCCAAAGUCCGAUUCUGAUUGAUUCCCCAGUAGCCAUUCGUUCUACGACGGUACUGACCGUCCAAGCAGGCGUCAAUGUUAUCUUUACAACGAAGUCUGCUCGCUUGGAUGUUUAUGGCACAUUAUCAGUUGAAGGUAUCGAAGGUUUGGCAGCUACAUUCAGCUCGAACCAUCCAGUGCUAUCAGCAAAAUCCAAAUGGGAAGGUGUAAUACAAGGCGCUGGAGGAUCCGUAAACAUGACUCAUGCAAGAAUCAGACAGGCGCUUGUGGGAAUUCAAGGAAACGGUAGCCGCGUGAAAUUAGCUUACAGUGAGAUUCACUCGUGUGAAUAUGGUGUUCGCCUUUCUGGUGGUAUUGCACGUAACGUAUCAAAUAUUGAUGCUCUACAGUCAGAUGACAUGAUAUUUGCAAACGUUAAUGUUCAUGAAAAUAAGUACGGAAUUGUUAUGCAUGCCGAUACUUCAAAGCACGAUGUACCGAUGGCAUAUUCAAAAUUUGAACGUAACGUGUAUGGAAUUAGCUUAUCCAACUGGAUAAAUACUAAUUUCAAUUCUAUCCAAACGAACUUAUAUAUUAUCAAUUGCAGCAUAAGCAAUAACACAGAGUAUGGUCUUCUGAGUAAUGAACAUAUCCUGAGUAGUUUUUACAUCACAAAUUCCAGUUUUAUUGGUAACCGCCGAGCUGGGUUUUAUUACUACCGAUAUUACUAUUCAUGGGAUGCAAAAGAAAUAUUAAACAUUUCAAAUUCCCACUUUACUGAAAAUAGAUAUGAUGGUAUUUAUGUCUAUUGCCGUAACUGUGAACCGACCGAGCACAUUUUUCAGAACAAUUCAUUCAGCGGACAUACCGAAGAAGCAUUAGAAGUAAUGCUCAUAAUGCGUUCCACAGGGGAAACCACAAAUAUAACAGUAAGCAAUAACACAUUUGAACGGAAUCAAAGAGAUAUUCAGAUGCACUUGCAGAACAAUGGGAGAGUUUUAAUUCAGAAAAACUAUCUUGCUAAAUCACGCAUACCGGUCAGGUUGGAAAGUGGAGCUGUUAAUAUCGACUCUGCUAGGAUGCUUGAAAAUGUUUUCACUGAGCAUGCGUCAGCUUAUGAUGAUUCUGUAAUCGAAAUAGAUGGAAUUUCAACAGAAAUAACAAAUUCAACAUUUUCAAAUAGCUCAAUACAAACAUUGGUUAAGUUCAGAAAAGGAUUUAAUCAUUCUUUCGAAUACAACCGCUUCGUGAACACGUCAAUGACACCAUGCUACGUGAAUGUUGAGCAAGGUUAUGAUCCAAAUAAUACUCUAAAUGUUGACAAUAAUUACUGGGGAACUUCGGACAUUUUAAAAAUUAAAUCCAAGAUUUGCGAUUUUUUCUUAGAUUCAAGCAAAGCUAUUGCAAAACUGAGUACGUUUUUUCCAACUAUAUUGCUCGAGACGCAGAGUUCGUCUUUAGAGAUAGAUGAUUUCAGGUUUGAAAAAGACUCUGUGUUAAAUGCCACAGUCAUUGGUGGAAUAAUCAAAAACGAGCUUGAUUUGGGUUCUCUCGGUGAUGAUCGGUUUAUUGUCAACAGAAGUCUUAUUAUAAUGGAUUCUGCUAGUCUGAACGUCACUGAAGUCACAGUAUAUUUUGCGAACGGUCGAGGAAUAUCUGUACAUGGAACUAUGACAGUAGGCAAGGGAAAUAAUCAUUCAGGCAGAACAAUUCUUCAGGCGCACGCUGAUAGUGGCAGAUGGAAUGGAAUAAAUUUAUAUUCAGAAGAAAUAACGAUGAACAAUAUGGAUUUGUUUGGGACACAGAAGUUCAUAUCCGUACAUGGAACGAAUACCGACAUUAUAUUCCAAAACUGCAAUAUGACGGAUGAGGUGUUGCAAAAUUUGAUUUAUGCAGACAUGUUAAAUGGUAAUCUUACCAUAUCAGUAAAGAAUUCGUCUGUGAAUUCAAGAUCAUCAGCUGUAUUUAUAAAAGCAAAUGACACAAGAAAUGUAGACAUUGAAAUGAUAGGCAGCCAGUUUUCAAGUCGUUCGUACGUUACAGAAUUGUUGGAAUCCAGAACCCGCUACGACCUGAGAUCUGUUAACGUUAACAUUUCAAACUGUUCCAUGUACUCAAGUGGUUAUAAAAUACUUUCCCUCUUAAGCUGCUCUAGUCAUUUAGCAGGAACAAUAACUGGAUCAAAUUUUUCUUCCUACUAUUAACUAUGACACGGCGUUCUUCCAGUCUCCAUCAAUGAAUCUUAAUAUUACCGGAAACAAUUUUGGUAACGCAGACGAGAUUUUAUACUUCCGGUUCUGCAAUCAGCCAAAAGAAUUAACAAAUUAUUCAAACAUCAUCAAUAUUUCAAGAAACAUAUUUAAUAGUUCUAGAGAUGGGGUAGAUAUUGUUAUCUAUAAAUAUUAUUCCAAUGAAAAAAGCCACGCGAUAUAUGUUACCAAUAACGUCUUUGGAUAUACGGAAGGAACAACAAGGCGCCGUAUUAAUUCUUAUGGAUAUACGAAUAUUGUAACGGAUAAACAUUCUCUGGUGGUUGACUCAAACCUAUUCGCCAAUUCAACUGGCAGAGUUAUAGGUUUAACUCUGGGAUACGACAGCGUCAAUAUUAGUAAUAAUACGUUUACAGACAAUUCGCAGUGUAUUCAUAUUUCGAACCCACGAUCAAUGGAUGCAGUUAAUAUUUUACAAAAUGUCUUUGUUAAUAAUACACUAACAGAUGGGGUGAUUUAUCUGGAUAAAAUCAUUAAUAAUAAUACCAAAAUUA